GUGCGCAUGAUACACAAAUUUCGAAUAACCAAAUCUCGCCAUAUAAACUUUAAUGAAGUAUUAUUUAACAUGGAAAGUUACACAGGAAUCAUCGAAUAAACCAAUUGUGCUUUAAAAUCAUGACUUAUAGUUAACAUGAUUAAACACAGUUUUUACAAACUUUUUGAUUGUAAAACAUGCUUUAAAUUUAGAUUAACACGAGUGAAUUUUAAAUUCUAUUAUUUGAUGAUAAAUUAUAUUUAUUUUAUGGGAGCAUCUGUUGAGAACUUAAAUAAAAUAAGUUCAAGUAGUCAGCCAAGACGAUGUACUUACGAGAAUGUUUUGGCAAACCACACUUUUAUUCGAAAUAAACAAGCCGGUAUUUUUACACACCUUGGUCAUACAACAAACAUACACGAAUGUAAAGCGCUUUGCUGCAAACAAACUGAUUGCGAUGUCGCAUUUAUGCCUGAGAAUCAUUGUUAUGCCGUCUCAUGUUUUAGCGAUCAACACUGCGCAACCACUCCGGCAAACGCGGAAAACUUUAAUGUGCAAUUGGUUAAAGUGAGAAGAGUCGUUAUUCCCGAUCCUGGAGCUACUGCGCCGGGAGAAGAAGAUAUAAUAAGGUCAAGCUUACCAGGUCUCCAAAAAGAUGAAGACAUUAAUAAAAAAGAAGAAGUGGAAGUGCAAAGUCUUAAUCUUUAUGAAGAACUUUUAUGCACUCACAGUCCGAUAUUGUAUAAUGUUACGCUAAAAGGUGGGUCAAAAGGUGGCCAGUUCACAGACCUUGGUUUAGUUGAAAAUAUGGAAAUUUGCAUUGAGCUGUGUUGUGAAAUCAAAGAGUGUGACCUUUCGUUCAUGAUUGAUUCAACAUGUAUUGCUGUUCACUGCUCAAAUGAAGAACUUUGCCAAACUGUGAAGGCAAAACCUAGUACAAAAUCUCCAAAAAUUGCGUAUAUAAGACGUAAAGAAAAAGCACAUAAACACAGAGCAUCUUUGCAUCCCCAACUUGUUCAACCAAUUGUUAAGUUUCAUGAAAAGCCAGCUCCAGUUCUUCGCCCUAGUACAUGUCAAGCACGAAAAAUAUACAAUAAUGCAACUCUUAUUGGUGGCAUGCGCGCUGGAAAUUACACAUCACUUGGAAAAGCUACUCAUUUACAAGAUUGUAUAGGACGUGCAUGUGACUUAAAUGAAGGUCACCUUGCUAUUAUGCUUGGACAGUAUUGUUACUCUGUCACAUGUAAAAAUCAACGAAUUUGUCAAACAGUGCCUGCCAUACCUUCACAUUUGAAACCAAAAGUAGCAUACUUGGCAUGGACUCAAGAACCUAUCGAACAAGAUACGAUAACAAAUAUGGCUGAGAGUGAUUUUUUUGUGAAUCACAAGCGUUAUCCUAAAUGUAAGCGUAGCCAUAUAAUGUACAAUCAUACAUUGAAAGGUGGCUUGCGUGCAGGAAAUUUUUCAAUGUUGGCAUCAGUUGAUGAUAUUGAAGUUUGUGCUGCCUUGUGUUGCGAAGAAAAGGACUGCGAUCUUGCUCUAAUGAUUGGAGAUAAUUGUUAUGCUGGUGAUUGUGCUAGCCCAGAGCUUUGCUCUGCUGUACCAGUACCUGCUGGCGCAGCUCAGCGAUCUCAAAUAGCAUAUAUAACAGCACCUGGUAGAAAAAAGUCUGAGGACAGAUGGGAAAAUUCAGAUUGGAGCAUGGUGUAUUUGAUUGUGAGUGGGUUAGUUAUUGGAAUUAGUUUACUUGGAACAGCAUGGACUGUUUGCUUGUGUGCCUUGAGGAGAAAUCAGAGAAAGUUGCUAAAACGCAAGAAAGAAAAUCUUUCAAAACUUGUUCGUGUUGAACGUUCGACGUCCAUGAAAGAUCUUCCAUUAAACGAAGACUUGAUGCUCAAAGAUGAACCAAUCGGAACUUCGUCAAGGAAUAGUUUUAACUAAAGAUUUCAACUCAUCAUCUGAACUUUUUUCUUUACUUUGAAAUAAUUUUAUCUUUAUUUUUAUAAUUACUUGCAGUUUUCUUUUUUAGCAUUUAUUGCCUUUAAUUAUUCUGCGUUUUAUUCAUUUAAAUUAUUCUGCAUUUAAUUUUUUCUAAUUAUUCUGCAUUCUAAUGUUUUAUAUCUUUUAUUCUUUUUUAAUUUUUACUCAAAAUAAGAGGACACACGAAUUUACACGAUAACUUCUUACUUGAUCGUUUACACGUUUACACGAUAACUUCUUACUUGAUCGUUUAUUUCUACGAAUUGUUUUACGUGUUUUGUAUAAAAUUAUGACUUGCAAAUGCGAAAAGUGGUGGAUUGGACAAAUCAAUCCAUAUAUGAUUAUAAAAGCAUCCUCCAAUCAGGUAUGAUAAUUAAGAUUCUAACACCAAUCAGGUAUGAUGGUUAUAAGGGCUACUCGUUAAUAAACCCGUUAAAAAGAGUACAGCAUACCAUUUGGUUUUGUUCGAUAUAUUUUUGUUAAUGAGUUUCGUGCCAAACAAUUUUUUCGAAAAUGUAAAUAGUUAUUGUUUAUAUGGAUAUAGUAAUAGAAUUUUGUAAUAAAAACAUAAAUUUAUAGUCAUUUUCUUA